ACCAAAGUUCAAUUCGUACACCAAAAUUCUAACAAUGGCUAAGAUUGCACUUGGCUCCAUCAAUGAGAUCACUAAGCCCGACUGCAUCCAAGCCCUCGUUGUCGAGUUUAUCGUCACGUUUUUCUUCAUCUUCGCGGGUGUGGGAUCAGCCAUGACCACCGAGAAGUUGGCUGGAAAUGAGGUGGUUGGGCUACUUUUCGUUGCAUUGGCUCAUGCGUUAGUUGUAGGGGUUAUGAUAUCGGCUGGUUUUAGAAUCUCUGGUGGUCAUUUGAAUCCUGCUGUCACCAUUGGGCUAUGUGCUGGUGGUCAUAUCACCAUUGUCCGAUCUCUUUUUUACUGGAUUGAUCAGUUGCUUGCUUCCGUUGCCGCUUGUGCUCUCCUAAGUUAUCUCACCGGUGGAUUGACGACACCAGUGCAUACACUCGCGGCUGGGAUGGAUUCUCUACAAGGUGUUAUCAUGGAGAUUGUGUUAACUUUCUCAUUGCUCUUCACAGUCUAUGCUACUCUUGUGGACCCCAAGAAGGGCUUUCUUGAAGGGCUAGGCCCACUUCUAACUGGGCUUGUAGUAGGUGCCAACAUCAUGGCUGGAGGGCCUUUCUCUGGUGCAUCCAUGAACCCAGCAAGGUCUUUUGGGCCUGCUUUGGUGGCUGGUGUUUGGACUGAUCAUUGGGUUUACUGGGUUGGGCCACUAAUUGGUGGUGGGCUCGCUGGGUUUGUCUAUGAAAACUUCUUUAUUGUUAGGACCCAUGUUCCUCUUGCAAGAGAUGAGGAAGGUUAUUAGAUUAAGGAAUGCUUUUAUGGUAGUUGUAAUUUCAUCUCUUUUAUGGCAUGCUACCAAAUAAAUGUGUGCAUUUUGAUUGUUGUAGUCUAUAUAUAUUUGAAUUAAAACUUUGAAUCUUUUGAAUUUGAA